UUACAUAAAACCACUUUUUAAAACUAUUUGGAAAUGACUUCCAUGAAAGUAGUAUAAGUCUCCACCCUUGUGUUUGUUCUUCAUUCAAUUGCCACAGCAAUGCAAUUGGAUCCAACUUUUUAGUUUCCUACUGAUAGAGUUGUCUCAAUAGCUAAAUCAUGGCAGGCAUUGUUAUCAGUCCCGUUUCGUACCAAUGACAGAAAUGGUACAUUGUCCGGGAUUGAUAACUUCAAUGGCAGGCAAGGGUUUGGAAUGUGGAUGACAAAAGGCUUAGCUGUGGUUGAUUUGCUAAAGCACUCAACUCGGCUGUAGACAAUACAAUAUUGCAGGUGACAGAGGAAAAUGGGUAUCAUAAAUAAAAGUAAUGCUUGUGAUUUUCUGUCAUUCUCGUUGCUCUUGUAUUUCUUAAUAUUUCCAUCAGUAUGUGCAACUGAUACCUUGACUCAGUCCCAACAAAUCUUAGUAGGACAAAAUCUCAUUUCUGCAGGCCAAAUAUUUGAGUUAGGCUUCUUCACUCCCAGCAAUUCUAGUAAACAAUAUAUAGGGAUAUGGUACAAGAACAUACCUGACCGCAAAGUUGUGUGGGUGGCGAACAGAGAGAACCCGCUUCAAGCUACAGACUCUGCUUCAAGUCUCACAAUUGGCAGCGAUGGAAAUCUGAGACUAUUAGAUGGCAAGAGGAACACUGUUUGGUCUACAAAUAGCUCUGUCCAAUCAAAUAGCACAAUUGCCGUGCUUUCUGACUUGGGAGAUUUUGUUCUCAAAGAUAAUGUCUCGGGAUUUAUCUCAUGGGAAAGCUUUAAAUAUCCAUGUGACACUUUUUUCUCAGGGAUGAUGAUUGGAAUGAACAACAACACAGGAGAGAAACGAUUCCUGUCUUCCUGGAAAACAGAUGGUGACCCAUCACCUGGAAAUUUUGUUCUUGGACUUACACCAGAUAGACCGCCACAAAUUGUCUGUUGGAAUGGUUCCAAGACUUUGUGGAGAGGUGGUCCAUGGGAUGGAUGGAAGUUCAUAGGUAUACCAGACAGCGGACAGGGCUAUGUCAAUGGACUCAACCUUGUACCGGAUAAUCAGCAGCAAAGUGUGUAUCUCUCAUUCAACGUGUAUAACACCUCUGCUGUCACAAUUAUUGUCAUGACACCAGCAGGAACAGUGAAUACGAUGGUGUGGGCUGAAGAAACGAAGAGCUGGCAUGUUAAUUGGGUGGCACCUGCGAAUCCAUGUGAUGUCUAUGGAUAUUGUGGACCAAACGGGGUUUGCAACAAGAACCAGUCCCCAAUUUGUGAGUGCUUAAAAGGGUUUGUACCCAAUUCAACUGAGGAUUGGAACAAAGGAAAUUGGACAGGUGGAUGUGUGAGGCGAUUGGAACUCCUAUGCCAAAAGAACAGUAGCAGCUUAGCUGCAGCUGGAGCUAAAAAUGAUGGGUUUUGGAGAAUGAGUGGAAUGAAGCUGCCUGAUCAGUAUGAUUAUUUGUUCAAUGAGGUUUCCUCAAGUUGUGAACAACGAUGCUUGAGUAACUGUUCUUGUAUGGCUUAUGCAUUUGUGACUGGAAUUGGGUGUAUGGUUUGGUCUGGAGGCCUCAUUGAUGUCCAGCAGUUCUCAAUUAACGGGAAUGACCUUUUUCUCCGCCUUGCAAAUUCAGAGCUGGGUGAAGAUCGUAAGAAAAAAAGAGAAAUAAUCAUUAUCAGUGUAACGACAAUUUCUGUGGUUCUCCUCUUGGGUGCUGUCAUCUUUGGUUCGUGCAGGUGGAGAGCCAACCAAAGAGUAAAGAGAAGAAACAGGAUAAAAGGAUUUGAUUUGCCUGAUAGAAUGGACAACUCACAAGAUAAUCUCUGGGGAAGCCAUAUGAUACAUUCAGAGUCAUCGGAGCUACCACUGUUAGACUUUGAUAAAGUAUUAGUUGCUACCAAUAACUUCAGCAGCACGAAUAAACUUGGGGAAGGAGGAUUUGGCCCUGUUUAUUGGGGAAAGUUAGAAGAUGGGCAAGAAGUAGCAGUGAAAAGACUUUCGAGUCAUUCAGGGCAAGGCUCGGAAGAGUUCAAGAAUGAGAUCAUAUUGAUCUCCAAACUGCAGCACAGGAAUCUUGUUAGGCUCUUGGGUUGCUGCAUUGAAGGGGAAGAGAAGUUGCUGGUUUAUGAGUACCUGAAAAACAGAAGCUUGGACACUUUUCUGUUUGAUGCAAAGAACAGGGUGGAACUUGAUUGGGCUAAACGCUUCAACAUAAUUCAGGGAAUUGCGAGAGGACUCCUUUAUCUCCAUCGUGAUUCUUGUUUAAGGGUUAUUCACAGAGAUUUGAAGGCCAGCAAUAUUCUCUUGGAUGAUGAUAUGAAUCCCAAAAUUUCUGACUUUGGGUUGGCACGAACUUUUCGAGUUACGCAAGAGUUGGCAAAUACUCACAGGGUGAUGGGAACAUUUGGCUACAUGUCUCCUGAGUAUGCAAUGGGAGGGCUAUUUUCAGAAAAGUCUGACGUAUUUAGUUUUGGUGUUUUGCUACUAGAGAUUGUUAGUGGCACGAGGAAUACUAGUUUACAUUACCAGGAUCAAUAUCUAAACCUCCUUGGUUAUGCAUGGCAAAUGUGGAACAAGAGAAGGGCAUUAGACUUAAUGGAUGAAUCAUUGGAUGACUCGCUUUCCCAAACAGAAGCAAUAAGAUGCAUACAUAUCGGCCUUCUUUGUGUUCAGGACCAUGUUGCAAAUAGGCCAACCAUGUCAGCAGUAGUUCUCAUGCUGAGCAGCGAAAUAGAAGUUCCACAACCAAAGCAGCCUAUAUUUACUACUCAAAGUUUGUCAGACGCUGAUCUUCGAUCACAAUGCAAUAGUAUACGUUUCAUGAGUACUGUCUCUAAAUCAAUUAUUGAAGGACAAUAACCACAUUCAAAAUUAUACUUUGUGUGAGUUGGUAUCAUGGUGACAAUUCACCUGGCUUGAUGACUAACAAGCAAAGAAUGCAGAUUGUGUGACAGAAACUGUUACACGUAAAGAGUUUCAUAUUCAUCAGAAUUGUGAAAGUGACUCUCUGGUGUAGCAUUGGAUAUUUUGCUCACAAACAGCUUGUUAGUUGACAUGUUCAUUCUCAUUAAGAUUUUAGGUAUUGUGAAAAUUACCUAAAUUCAAUUGUUGUGUUUGUUUUGAAAAUAUUUUAGACCGGCGUUUUAGUUUUUGUAUGAAAUGAAAAAAUUUAGUGCAUUUGGAAUAGUUUUAAUAGAUGAAUAGAUAGUUAUGAGGGGAAAAAUGAUUAA